AUGGCCUCUGGGGCUGGAGGGCGCCCCCCACCGCCGAGUGCGGCCCCCGUGCCCUGGGUGAUGGUCCUGCAGCCCCUCCCGUGGGCCGCCCCACCGCCACCGCCACCCCCGCAGCCAGGACGCGUGAAGGAGGACCUGAUGGAGCUGCUGCUGCUGCAGAACGCGCAGAUGCACCAGCUGGUCCUGGGUCGCCUGGCGGCAGCAGCGCUCAACCCCUGGCCGGCCCUCUCCGGCCCCCAGCCCCAGGUCCCCGUGGAGGAGAGUGAGGAGGACGAGGAGCCGGAGGCCCAGGAGGAAGGGCCUGUGGUGUUCCACCACCACUACCUGCCCGGCCCGCCGCCCGCGCUGGGCCUCCUGCCGCUCUGGCCGGCGCCUUUCCCCCCCCCUCCCCCACAGCCCCCCCUGCAGGAGGCUCCCAGGACCCCGCCGCGCCCCCCGGCCAGGAGAAGGGGGGUGAGAGCCGUGCCCCCACCUCCACCCCCCAGCGCCACGGGGACUGUGGGUGUGGAUGUACCCCCGGCUUCAGAUUACUACGAUGCUGAGAGCUUACUGUGA